AUGAAUAAAGAAAAAGAAAUUAUUGAACGAUUUACCAAAAAUCUUAAUAAGGAGACCAAGGUCAAUGAAUUAGCCGUAAUUGGUCGGGAGAGAGAAAUUAAACAAUUAAUUUAUAUCUUGUCGCGCAUGAUGAAAAAUAAUCCCUUACUGAUUGGCUAUCCGGGAGUAGGAAAAACCGCUUUAGUUGAAGGUUUGGUCCAAAGAAUCAAGCAAGAGAGAGUACCCGACUAUUUACGUGGUAAGACUGUCUAUCAAUUAGAUAUGAUGUCCUUAAUGGCUGGAACCAAAUUUCAAGGAGAAUUAGAAGAAAGAUUAAAAAUAAUUUUCAAUUUCAUGGCCCAGCCAGAAAAUAAUGCUAUCCUUUUUAUUGAUGAAAUUCAUUUAAUUGUGGGUGCUGGUCGUAGCCAGGGUGCUUUGGAUAUUUCUAAUCUUCUCAAACCGCUGCUUUCUCGGGGUGAAAUCCAGUGCAUCGGAACCACCACCCAAGAAGAAUAUCACCAGUAUAUCGAAAAAGAUGGGGCCUUAGUGCGUCGUUUUAGCAACAUAUUAGUCACUGAGCCAAGCCAUGAGAACACAUUAAGGAUUUUACAAGGUAUUCGCAAUUAUUUUGAAAUUUAUUACGAAUUGAAGAUUUAUGACGACGCCUUGCUAGCUACCGUCAACUUUUCUCAACGUUAUCUCACUACUACCUAUUUGCCGGACAAAGCGAUUGAUUUACUGGAUGAAACUUGUGGGCGAGUCCGCAGCGAAAUGUGA